CUCAUGAAAACUAUCAAUAAUAAUGAAGAGUAGUAUUCAAGGUAUUUCUAAUAGAAAACAAAUGAAAGAAGGCAAUGAAAAGAAACCAUUUAACAAGAAAAAGUAUAGACUACAGAAGUACAGUAAUAAAUACAAAAUUAAACAAUGGGAGGAACGCAAGAAGAAAGCUAUUUUACGAAGUUUCUACAAACAGAUUGAUAAGGAUCAACAACGAAAUCUAAAGAAACCAUCUGUUUUCAAAGAUGAUAAUCAAAACGAACACACGACACAACCCCCUAAAAAAAGUGCUUUUUAUAAAGCUAAGCAGGAAUACCUUCGUAAGAAGGAUGAAAAAUGUAAACAAAAAGAAGAAACUUUACGAGUGAAAGCAGAAAGAGAGGAAGCACUUAAAAAAUAUAAAGAGAAAAAGAUGCAAACAUACAAAAAACUUUCAAAGAAAACAAAAACGGGUCAACCUGUAAUGAAAGAUAGAUUAGAAAUGUUAUUAGAGAAAAUACAACAGCAAGUAUCGAUGUGA